GCCGGAUCUGGUUGACGACCACCUAGGAAUAACCUUCCACCAUCACGUGACUCAAGGGCCUUGAUGGAAUCUAACAUCUCUUACUGCUAUGGGCUCUGCCAUAUAGGGGUUGACUACUCCCUAGUGAUGCAUACCUGGUGCCAGUACCACAUGCCCGUCUAACCCACAGAUAACAAGACCAGACGAGCACUCUUAGUUACGAACAUCUACAUCGAAGUUGAUAUUCAAAUAGUUGUCCGGUGGAGGCUACUAAGAAGAGGGAUGAGGAUAUGGAAGGAGCGAACUCGGAGGCAGAGGAGUGGGGGAAUUAGGGGUGGCAGUUCGGUUAUUUUCGGUUAUAACCAAUAACUGAUCGGCCGGUUAUCGGUUAACCAAAAUAACCACCCCCCUACCGAAAAUCGCCCGAAAUAGACUAUGAUUUCUCGGUUAUCUCGAUUAUCGUUUAACCGAAUCACUUUUAAGACAAAAAACCAUUUUGUCCAGCCUUCGAUAACCAACCGAAGUUCGGUUACUUUGGUCACCGGUUAGUGAAUAACCGACCGGUUAUCUGUUUAAUCGACUAAUUAACCGAUAACCAGUAACCGAACUGCCACCCCUAGGGAGAGUAAUGGAGACUUCAAGGACCUGGUUGUAGAGUUGUUUGACGAGAGAACAGACAUGAGGUUGGAAGAAUUCAAAAUUCGCUUUAUUUCUAAACUCCAGAUCUCUAAAGUAAACAAAAGCUUUGGAGAAGAUGGAAUGGGGAGAUCUCAGAGAUCAUUUCAAGUCGCCACCAUAGACUGAAAAUAAUUGUCGGGGCGGAAUCAAUAAAGUUGCUUAAUCCCACUGUGCACCAUAAUUUGGUGGCCAAGGGGCAUCUGAAGAAUAAUUGUUCGAUACUCUCUCCAUCUCUCUAGCAGACCAGACAUCAGUUAAGACAUUUAACUCCACGAGAUUGGAGGGUCAAUAGAUAGACCCAAGGUUGUCAAACCGGUUUAUACCGUUGUGCCGGUUUGGCAAGUGGAAUGGUACGACCGAUGGUAUAACCAGUUGUGCCGGUUCAUGCCGGUUUAAAAAAAUGUGAAAACAAUUAAUAUCCAAUGUAUCUAAUCAUAUAUAAAACAUAUUUGUGGACAAUUUAGUUACAAUCCAACAAAUAUCAUCAACUUUUAACUAUUACAUUCAUAAAAUAAAUAAUAAAUUAAUUUUGUAUUCAUUAAAUUCAUUAAAAUGAUGUCAUUUUACUUAGAAUGGUUAAGUCGAUCAUACCGGCCAUACCGGUGGUGUCAUGCCGGUUUCAUGACCGGCACAGGUUGAACCAGGUUCAACCGGGUGGCAUGCCACCGGCAUGACAACCAUGGAUAGACCACAUUAAAUAGUAGUUGGAAAGUCCAAUAACAAUUUAAUAAAUAUAUACAUCAUUAAUAAACCAACUCAUAAGUUAUAGAUCGAUUUUUUCAUAAACUGUAAUCAAAUUUGCUCUCUAGUUAUAAUGUUGAGACAUCUCAUGAGCUGAAAUUAAGAUAGUUCAUGAGUCGAACUCAAUAGGCCACCUAAUCGAGCUAGUUUACAAGUCUCACAAGCCGAACACGUUAAAUUUUAAACUCAAACUCGACUCGUUAAUAAAUGAAUUGAGCUUUUAUUAGAUCGAACAAAUUUUUAUCUUAGUUCGAAACCAAACCGUUCGUGAAUAGAUUGGUUCAUUGACAGCCCUACUCACAAGUCGCAAGUCACAGUCUCUGUAUCUCUUCUUCAAAAACCCUAGCUAAACCCCUUUCCCAGUCCGCCACCGCAGCUCCGAGCCAGAGCCCUCCGCCGCCAUGGGUAAAGUGAAGGGAAAGCAUCGUUUGGAUAAAUACUACCAUCUCGCCAAGGAGCACGGCUACCGGUCUCGUGCCUCCUGGAAGCUGGUCCAGCUCGAUUCCAAGUUCAAGUUCCUCCAUUCCUCUCGCGCCGUUCUCGAUCUCUGCGCCGCUCCCGGAGGAUGGAUGCAGGUCGCCGUCGAGAGGGUUCCCGUCGGGAGCCUCGUUCUCGGUCUCGAUUUGGUGAGAAUCGCUCCUCUGCGUGGCGCCAUAUCCAUCGAGCAGGACAUCACGAAGCCAGAGUGCAGGGUCAAGGUUAAGAAGAUUAUGGGCGAUGAUGGGGUUAAAGCUUUCGACUUGGUUUUGCACGAUGGUUCCCCGAAUGUCGGUGGUGCGUGGUCGCAAGAGGCGAUGUCUCAGAAUGCUUUGGUUAUCGAUGCUGUGAAAUUGGCCACUCAGUUCCUGGCUCCCAAAGGAAAUUUCGUCACUAAAGUUUUCAGGUCACAAGAUUACAGUUCCGUUAUCUACUGCUUAAACCAGUUAUUUGAAAAGGUUGAGGUGGACAAACCAUUAGCCAGUCGUUCAGCAUCUGCAGAAAUCUUUGUGCUUGGACUAAAGUACAAAGCACCUGCAAAGAUUGAUCCUCGUCUGCUUGAUUUUAAGCAUCUGUUUCAGGGAUCAGUAGAACCUGUAAGAAAGGCACUAGAUCCCCUGAGAGGAACAAAGCAAAAGCGUCAUCGUGAUGGGUAUGAAGAUGGACAGGCUAUGGUGCGGAAAGUGUCUUCAGCUGCUGAUUUUAUCUGGUCCGCCACACCUCUUGAUGUCCUUGGUUCAGUUACUUCAAUUACAUUUGAGGGCCCGGAUUCUUUACGCAUAAAGGAUCUUGAGUUAACAACAGAAGAGGUCAAGUCCCUUUGUGAUGAUCUUCGUGUUUUGGGAAAGCAAGACUUCAAGCAUCUACUGAAGUGGCGAAUGCAGAUAAGAAAGGCUCUGUCCCCUUCUGCAGAAGCUAGUCCUGCUGUUGCUGAGAGCGAAGAAAAGAAAGAGGUGGAUGAAGAUGAUAGGUUGCUUAAUGAAAUGGAGGAGUUGACAGAUGCUAUGGAGAGGAAGAAGAAACGUGAGAAGAAAAUACUUGCUAAAAGACGGGCAAAGGACAAGGCUCGGAAAGCAAUAGGAAUGACAAUGGAUGUACUUGAAGAUGGCUAUAAUGAUAUUGAGUUAUUUUCUCUUUCGUCUAUCAAGGGAAAGAAAGAUUUGGUUGCUGUUGAUACUGCCGAGAAUGGUGGUGCAAAUGGUGACUUGAAAGAUAGUGACAAUGAGGAAACCCGCGAGGAUGAGUCAACCACUGAUUCAGAUUCAGAUGAAGAGCGCAGAAAGUAUGAUGCAAAAAUGGAAGAUAUUCUCGACCAGGUCUAUGAACGGUUUGUGACCAAAAAGGAAGGAAGUACAAAGCAGCGGAAACGUGCAAGGCAGGCCUACUCCGAUCAACUUUUGGAGGAGGAGGAGAACAAUUAUAUGGAUCAAUCAGAUUACGAUUCAGAUAAGGACCUACCAGAUCGUGAAGCGAAUCCUCUUAUGGUGCCACUCAACGAAGGGGAAGAACCAACAAAAGAAGAGAUUGCAAACAAGUGGUUUGCUCAGGACAUAUUUGCCAAAGCCGUGGAGGAGGGCGAUUUGGUUACUAUCCCUGAAGAUGAAGAAAUGUUGGAUGUCGUUGAUAAGAAGCACGACAACAAACUUAACCCGUCAAAGAAGGCUGCUAAGACAGCUGAUAAUGCCCCGAAGCACCACACUCAGCCUCAACCCUCCAAACCCGAGGAGGAUUUCGAGAUUGUUCCUGCCCCUGGCACAGAUUCCAGUGACGACUCAUCCUCUGAUGAAUCUGAUGAUGAUGACAUCAACAAAAAGGCAGAGAUAUUGGCCUGCGCAAAAAAGAUGCUGAGGAAGAAGCAGAGAGAACUGAUGCUCGAUGAUGGCUACAACAGGUACAUGUUUGAUGACGAGGGCUUGCCUGGUUGGUUUUUGGAGGAAGAAAAGAGGCAUCGACAACCGGUCAAACCAAUCACCAAAGAGGAGAUGGCUGCCAUGCGUGCACAGUUCAAGGAGAUCAAUGCUCGGCCGGCUAAGAAAGUGGCACAGGCCAAGGCUAGGAAGAAGCGGGUAGCCAUGAGGAGGAUGGAGAAGGUCAGAAAGAAGGCUAAUGUGAUUUCAGACCAAAAUGAGAUCUCUGACCGGUCAAAGAGCAAAAUGAUCGAGCAGCUGUAUAAGAAGGCUGCACCGAAGAGGCCAAAGAAGGAAUUCGUAGUUGCGAAGAAGGGAGUUGCGGUGAAGGGCGGCAAAGGGAAAGUGAUUGUGGAUCGGCGGAUGAAGAAGGAUGUUCGUGGGAGCAAGAAGAAAGGGAAAGGUGGAUCAAAGAAGGGAAAGGAUGCGAAGAAAGGUGGCCAGAAGAGUAAAGGUUCUGCGAAGAUGGGAGGGAACAAAGGGAGAAAGACGUAAGGUAUGAAAACAGUGACCAGUCAAGAGCUUGGUAGAAAAACUUAAACCUUCAUCGGAAGGAUAAUUUUUGUUAAAUUAAUCCAGUUUUGUUUGAACUCCCUCAAGAAAGUGGGAGUAGUAAGAUUUUUGCAAGCUCUGUUCUUUGUGCUCAUGGUGUGUGGCAGAGACUCGGUGCUGUGAUCGCAUAAAUUGAUCAUUGCUUC